AUGGUGACCCAUGAUGAUGACAAACUCAGCGAGGGAGAGAAGAUAUGCUUUGAUCUUUUUGCGACGUUGCUUCUCGCAUUCGGAGACGAUGAACUCAGAGCUAGACAACAAGGUCAAGACAGAAACUUGCUCAUGAUCCACACUGCUGCCACCACUCUCUUGUCGGGCAAACGAAAGAUUGAUGAUGAUGAUCAAGAAAACACUUUGGUAGAGUCCGACAAACCCAUCAGCGCACAACCAAUUAGAGAAAUCAAGACUCCGGUUAGAGAAAUAAACCGGCCGGUUAAAAGAAAGGCACCGGUUAGAAGAGAACCGGGAGACACUCCGGGAUGGGUGAUAAAACUGAUGAAGACAUUCAAAGGUCGUGAGGGGGAUGCGAAGAUGAUAUUUGAGAAGGCGAUGACGAAGACUGACCUCGCACCAAACCAAGGACGUCUCUUGAUGCCCUUUUACCAAAUGGCUGAUAUGCACUUUCUGACCGAGGCAGAGUGGAAGAUCAUAGAGGAGCAUCACAAAGGAGAUUAUGUUAAAAAAGGAGUCGAUGUGGUCUUGUUGAAUCGUAGUGGUAAGAAGAGAUGGAAUCUUAACAUGAGGAUAUGGAAGAUGAGUACUUGUUUCAACUACGCCUUGUGUGCUGGUUGGAACCAGGUCGUCCUCGAUAACGACUUUCAGAGAAACCAGACUAUUACCCUCUGGUCCUUCCACUCACUAGAUGGCACGCUCUACUUUGCUUUCGAUCCUCCCACUCCAGCUCUAUCUCUGGUUGUGAUCUCAGAGUCAGAGGAUCCGUUUGUGUGUGAAGAGGCAAACAGGAGACUUUAUCCAUUUCCAAAGAGAAGGACAACUCUUCGAGUUUGUGUUCCACCUCCAACAAGUGACUCCAGCAACCUCCGGUUGUGA